AAGAAUGGUACCCUCUGCGACUGCAAUAACCUAGUCGACACGUUGGCGGUCCAGUCAAGUGCUAGUUCACUUUUCGGCAUCAUCUUCCAAGUCUCCAUUCUCCAUUCCUAAUAACAUUCUCCGACAACGUUAGGAGAUAUCCCUCUCUGAAAGUAAGCGUCCCCCUCCCCUCUCUGAUAAGGCUCCGGUGGUGAGGGGUUUGGACCCGAAUGGCUUUGUCUCAGUCUCAGACGAAGAGGAAGCAAGUGCACCUCUUCUACUACCCGGAGUGUGAGGACCUUGCCCGGAAAGUCGCCGCUCAGUCCAACAAUAUCACUCUCCAAACCAUCAAAUGGAGGAGUUUUGAAGAUGGAUUUCCAAACAUUUAUAUUAACAAUGCACAAGAUCUGCGAGGUCAACAUGUUGCCUUUCUUGCAUCCUUUAGCUCCACUGGAGUUAUCUUUGAGCAGCUCUCGGUCAUAUAUUUACUACCACGACUGUUUGUUGCUUCCUUCACAUUGGUGUUGCCCUUCUUUCCAACUGGCUCCUUUGAGCGAAUGGAAGAUGAAGGGGAUGUAGCAACCGCAUUUACCUUAUCAAGGAUGCUGACAAAUAUACCCAUUUCAAGAGGUGGCCCUACUAGUUUACUCAUCUACGAUAUUCAUGCUUUGCAGGAAAGAUUUUAUUUUGGGGACCAUGUUUUGCCUUUGUUUGAGACUGGUAUUCCUCUCCUAAAGAAGCGUCUGCACCAGCUUCCAGAUGCUGACAAUAUUGUUGUUGCAUUUCCAGAUGAUGGGGCUUGGAAGCGAUUCCACAAGCUUUUGGAUCUUUUUCCCAUGGUCGUGUGCACAAAGGUUCGUGAGGGUGAUAAGAGGAUAGUUCGGCUCAAGGAAGGAAAUCCUGCUGGUUGUCAUGUAGUCAUUGUUGAUGAUUUAGUCCAAUCAGGAGGCACCCUAUAUGAGUGCCAGAAAGUUUUGGCAGCUCAUGGUGCAGUAAAGGUGAGUGCUUAUGUGACCCAUGGGGUGUUUCCUAAUCGCUCAUGGGAGCGAUUCACUCACAAGAAUGGUACGUACUUUUCGUGUUGCUACUCCAGCCCCGAUCGUUUGUACUUCUAUGAUUUUUAUUGCCUUUUAGUUUCAAUUUCAGAACGCUCGGAGAAGGCAUUCGCCUACUUUUGGAUGACAGAUUCUUGCCCGCGUACUGUUAAAGCCAUAGCAAAUAAAGCUCCUUUUGAAGUGUUGAGUCUUGCAGGAUCAAUUGCUGAUGCUCUACAAAUUUGAAAAGAUAUUUGUGGGGACUUCUGAUAUAAUUCGAAGAAAUGCAUCUCUGACAAUUUAAUUCAGUUGAUAAUUGAUACUUUUAGGCAAAACCGUAUUCAAGAAGCUUGUUUUGUGAAUUGUAUUGGUUUGCUUCUUGAUCAUAGUGUUGUGUUGUGAUUGUUUAGAGCUUUGUCAUCUGAACUCACCUUGACUUUGAAUAUGCAGUAAAUGUGACUUUUC